AUGUCAAUGCCCGCUUCUUUCCAGGACUACCUGUAUGCCAGUGGUAUCACCUAUAAGGUCAUGUCCAACAUUCCAAAGGGGUCAGAGGACCUGGAGGGUAUGGAGACCCUGGCCCAGAUGGCCGCUAGUCAGAACGAGACCAAGGCUGUGGAUGGGGAGACCUACAUCGAGAAGUACAUCAAGGGCAUCUCGGUCGUGGAGAGCAUCCUUACCAUUGAUAGACUACGUCAGGAGGUCGCUGUUAAGGAACACCUCGCCGUCAGUGGGAGAUCUUUACGGAAGACCACCAGUGUCCCUAACAUCAAUCAGAUGCUAACCUCACCCACCAAGCUUGAAGAUCAGAUGCGAGCUGACAGCAUCCAGGAUCUCACCAGUGAUGCCGCAUUGUCAAAAUCCCCGACUUUUGCGGCCCGCCCGAGCUUCCUUAACCUCCGUUCUAGUACCAAUGGUAACUCGGCUAAGCGUACGUUUAAACUAUUGUCUCGUUUCUUCCGUGAAGAACAUGGUAGUAACAUGUACCUAUCCCCCUGAUAACACAGUU